AUGCGGGUGAACAGCUCAUCAAUAAGGCCGGGACCAAGAUGCUUUAACUUAAAAGAUAUCUUUCUAGUCCUGAUUAGCUCUGUCCUUACAGCUUAUGUCAUUCUGAACGUUCUAAUCUUCCAAGAACACAGUGACAACUCACAUGAGGUGUCCAGGAAUAAUCAACACCCAUCAGUUGCACCGUUCUCCUUGCCAACCGCAACGACCACGGCGCAAGAAGCCUCCAUUCUAGAUGGAGCACGGAUAUUGGUUGCAAUAGUUGCCUAUGAUUUCUCUCAAGCACCUCAUCUGGAAGAAGUACUGGAUGGCUACUUUGAUUUGUGUGCUGCUGGAAGUUGGGUCGAUGUGGUGAUUUAUUCAACAAUUGCUUGGCCAGUCGCAUACAUUGACAUGCUCAACACUCGAUUCCAUUGUGCAAAUACGAGUCCCAGGGCUGGAUUUACCAUCAAUAUUCACUUGAAAUCACCGGAUACUCGACUGCACCUCGUGGACUUUCAUCGAGAAUUAUUCUAUGAAAAUUUGGAGGAUUAUUCAUUGUUCAUUUACACGGAAGAUGACAUUAGAGUAUCACCACGAACGGUAGCAACCUAUCUAUUUGAAACGAGACGGGUGAUUGAAAAACUGGGGCCCGAAAAGGCAUCCGAUUUCAAUGUGGGUAUUGUGCGAUACGAGUACAAUUAUCCAUCCAACAUAAUCAUUGAUGAUGGCACCAGACAUGCAACUCAGAAUGUCACACGAGUGUAUUGGGAACAUAGUUGGCAACCGCCCAUUGGCAAGUCUGUUGACAUUAUCCCACAGGAAGAUAUCUUGCCGGGAUAUAUUCACAUGAGCAAUCAUCAUCAAGGAAUGUACUUAGCCACGCAAGACUUACUUCGAGCAUGGAAGGACAGGUCUGGAUGUGAAUUCAACGUGAUCAAGAAUCGACCUUCUGCGAAAGGAAAGCCCUACCAACCGGCCGAGGGAACCCAGCGCGUAUGGAUGUCAUCGCAACAAUUGUACGGAAAUCGACACUGCAAUGUACAGCAGCUCCUACCGAUGGAAAGUUUUGGAGCGCUGACGGUCCUACACUUGCCCAACAAGAAUUACCGACGCGUUGGUCACAAGGGUCGACUAGGUGGUUCCAAAGAUAAGCAGAAGGAAUUGGAAGACAUUAGUGCCAUGCAAGCGGCAUUGCCUGUUGUUUCCUCCCAACUACUUACGGCUAUGCAACUGCACAUUGCCUUGAGAGCCAAGUGGCCACCAAAACCACAACUUCCUUACAAGGGAAUUGUUAUGCAGGACCAAGUGGAAGGCAAACAGAGCAACGAUCCAUUAUUGGUGCAACGAAUGAAAGACUAUCGAGCCUAUGUGGAAAGAGGAGGCGUCAUGAGCAAUAAAGACAUGGAGAAUACCGUGCUGGCAUAG